CCAGAAUGUUCGUCCUCCGCAAAACCCUCCUCCAUGCGCCGCCGGCCGCCGCCGCGGCGGUCCCCUCUCGGAUCUCUUCCCUCCUCCGCCUCAUCCCCUCUGCAUCUUUUUCUGAGGUAAGCGGAGGUGGGGAAGAAUGGGGCGCCUCCUCACCCGGAGGCGGCGGCGGCAGGGGUGGGGGUGGGAACGAAUGGAGCUCCACCUGGUCUACCGGCCUCACCAAGGACCAUUUCGACGGAUCCUCGCCCUCCGUCGGCCGUUCUGUCCCUUCCGAGUCAGCGCCCGUCUCUCGUGAGCGGGCGGCCAUUCGCGCUAUGGAUGAGUGGGACGAGAGGGUCCGGGAACUGGAGCGUAACAAUGUCGAGGCGAAGGCGUAUGUGGAUUCAUGGGACGACCGGAUGCGGGAGACCUGUGCGCUGCUGAAGCAGGUGCGGGAGCCGGGCGCUCGGGGCUCGUAUCUCAAGGACUCGGAGAAGCAGGAGAUGUACCGGCUGCACAAGGAGGACCCCGCGACUUACACCGUGGAGCGGCUCGCCAAGGACUUCCGUGUCAUGCGACAGCGCGUGCACGCCAUCCUCUGGCUCAAGGAGAUGGAAGAGGAAGAGGAGAGGAAGAGGGGCCAGCCGCUCGACGACUCCAUCGAAAUCCUGCUCGACAGCUGCCCAGAGUUCUUCAAUUCUCAUGACAGGGAAUUUCAUGUAGCAUCUCUUCCAUAUAAACCUGACUUCAAAGUAAUGCCUGAGGACUGGGAUGGCACAACACGAGAUCCUGAUGAGGUUCUAUAUGAAAUUUCAAUGAAGGAAGAUAAAAUGUUGUAUGAGGAAUUCGUUCAACGCUUGGAAUUCAACAAGAAGAAGGUGGCAGGAGAGGUUAAGUGCCACAAGUACAGCCGGCGCAAGCCAGACAAUGGAUGGAGCUACAUGGUCGAAAAGCUUGGUCCUCAGGGAAAGCGUGGUGGAGGAGGGGGCUGGAAGUUCAUCAGCUUGCCUGAUGGAUCAAGCCGUCCACUAAAUGAUAUGGAGAAGAUGUAUGUUAAGCGGGAGACUCCAAAACGGCGGCGGAGGAUAAUUGCACCAUACAAGUGACAUGGACAACUUCAGUUUGCUGAAAUGCAAAUUUUCUCAACUGUCUUUUGACAUUGUCCAGCGAGGCUGAAGCAAGAAACUGUGAAGUAGUUUGGAACCGCCAGAACAGCUCCUGUUUUUUUCACAGCACAGUAGAUGGUUUGAUGUGUUUUGUAACAAGGAUUAUUUCCCCACAUUUUGGCAGCCGAAUAAUUAUCUUUUAAACUUUUCGGUGUUCCUCC